UUUUGGUAUUGAGCAGGAAAUGUCUCUUUUAUUAUCCAUAUAUAUAUAUAUGUAGCCCAAAUCCUUGAUGGAAGCCCUUUUGAGACCUAGGUAGACUGGUUUUCACAAAAGAGACAAGCAAAUCAAAAGCAGCAACACACAGUAGGAGGUGAGAAGAAGAAAUAUGUCUUCCCAAGCCAUGCUGAAUCAGAGCUUGUUUGAAGAGCAAGAAAUGAUAAUCUCAUCACAGCUUGGGAUUUUCCCUUUCCACACAAACUUGUCAUCAUCUCUCCCACUAUUAGGGUUCAACCAGCCCCUCAAAACCCUCUCUGCAGAUUCACCUCUCAUAACCCUUUCUGAUCACUCUACACUUACCAAGCAAAAGGAAGACUUCACACCUCACUUUUCUGGACUGCCCCACCUUCUUUCUUUGCAAAGAUCAGCUGCUUCAAAUUACUGGGCAUGGGGUGAGUUGAGCGACUGCAUGAGCAUGAAGAGAAGCGGAGGGGAGGAUCACUUGGGCGUGUCGGCGAUGAAGAUGAAGAAGAUCAAGGCAAGAAGAAAGGUGAGAGAGCCCAGGUUUUGCUUCAAGACCAUGAGCGAUGUAGAUGUUCUUGAUGAUGGUUACAAAUGGAGAAAAUACGGUCAGAAAGUCGUCAAGAACACACAACAUCCUAGGAGCUACUACAGAUGCACACAAGAUAAUUGUCGUGUGAAGAAACGCGUAGAGCGACUAGCAGACGAUCCUAGAAUGGUGAUAACGACAUACGAGGGAAGGCACAUUCACUCUCCAUCACACGAUGAAGACGAUUCUCAAGCUUCUGCCCAACUCACUAACUUCUUCUGGUAGACCUACUUUAAUUGUGUUUUUACUUAGCUUGCACUAUCUAUAUAUAUACUUCAGAAUAAAUAGGGAUACAACAUUGUAAUUUCUUCAUAUAUAUUCCUCCUUCUCGUAUUGUCUUCCAAUCUCGUAUUCUCUUCUACAAAUAAUGUUAUACUCACUUUGCCACGAGAUCGAGAUUGAAUUACUAUACGAGAUGCAGGAUAUCGCGCCUACCUCUCACUUACACUAUAUAUGUAGCCCUUGUUUUAGUGGGCUAGCCUAUAGGGCCACUUCCACUGUUUUGUAGUUACUAUCAUCUAUGUCAACUGCCAAAUACUCUUCUAACAUGUUUGGUGGACUCACUUGUACUUACGAUUGUAAACGAAUCGAAUAUCCUUGUAAACGAAUCGAAUAUCCUGAUUUCGUAUUUGUAUUUCAAUAUUAUUAAUUGAAUUGAAUUAAAUAUUUUUCCA